AUGCUCAUCUCGCUCAUCGGGCUGCCCGGCGCGGGCAAGGCGUCCGUCUCCGACUACCUCAUUAGCAAGCACGGCUUCACCUCGGUCCACAUCCUCUCGAGCCCACGAUCCCAGCACCUGGUCCCAGAGCUUCAGGCUUCUUCGUCGGCUCCCUCGUCGUCAUCCUCGUCCGGGCUGCCGCCGGGGCCCCCGCCGCCGACACACGUCUCGGUCGACCUGACACCGCACACUGGCUUCCGCAGCCUCGGCUUCCGCGACGCCCGCGCGCUGCUCGAGUACGCCACGGCCAACUGGCGCGAGGACCUCGUCACGCUCGACCUGGCCGACGCCGAGCCUGCGGACCGCGACGCCUUCGAGAAGCGCCCCUUUUUCCUCUGCAUCGGUGUCGAGGCGCCCGCGACGCUGCGGUGGCGCAGGUGGAAUGCCAAGCACGGCAAGGCCAGGGGUGGCUCCGACAUGAGCCUCGAGCAGUUCGUCGGCAUGGACGACACCCUGCUCUACGGAUUCCGCGGAGAGCUUGUCAAUCAGAGCCGACACGGCGACACGGCAGUCGCCUCCACGACGUCGCACCACCACCACCACCAGCCAGACGGCAUCGUCAGCGGCCAGCGCAGCCCAGAUCUGGCGCGGAGCACAUCGGAGGGACCCGGGGUCCUGACCUCGACGUACGCCUCGCUGGUGCAGCCGUCGGGCCUGAUCACGUCAAUCUCGUCGUCGUCGACGGUGUCGGGAGCAGCCGACGACGGCGGCCACGCCUCGACGCUCUCGCACCAGCUAAGCUACGCCUCGCUGCGCAUCACCAACGCGCAGCCGACGCUGUCGCACCUGUACGCCUACCUCGCGCAGCUGUCGCUGUCGUCGCACCAUCGGCUGCGUCCGACGUGGGACACGUACUUUCUGUCGCUAUGCACGCUGGCGUCGCUGCGGUCCAACUGCAUGAAGCGGCGGGUGGGCGCGGUGCUGGUGCGCGCCAACCGCGUGCUGUCGACGGGCUACAACGGCACGCCGCGCGGCCUGGUCAACUGCAACCAGGGCGGCUGCCCGCGCUGCAACGCCAGCGCCGCGUGCGGCACCCAGCUCGACGAGUGCCUCUGCCUCCACGCCGAGGAGAAUGCGCUCCUCGAGGCCGGCCGGGACCGCGGCGGCGCAGAGGGCACCGUGCUCUACUGCAACACCUGCCCCUGCCUGCGCUGCGCCGUCAAGAUUGUCCAGACGGGCGUCCGCGAGGUCGUCUACCAGCUCGAGUACAGCAUGGACGGCCGCAGCCGCAAGAUCUUUGAAGAGGCCGGCGUCGUCUUUCGGCGCUACCUGCCGCCGGCGUGA